AUGUUGGAGCAAAUAAAAAAUGAUCUAUACCCGAUCUCGCCAUUUGCAGAGGAGCAAGAGCCAUGGAAAGGGAAGACGGAAAAGACGUUUUGGACAGCGGAGCAAAAGCUCAAGUCGAGGUAUGAGAACGUGAGAAGACGUGAGGCGGAACUAUCGGGCUUGAGAAGCACCCUCGCUGUAUAUGCAAGAUUUCAAUGGAUCUUCACUCUUGGAGAUAAGCUUCGCGCGGCCGCCACAGAGGGUUUAUCAGCGAUUGAGGCCGCUAUCAAGGAAUAUCGAAAGGCUCUGAAAUGGAUGGAUGCACAGGAAGAUGCUGACCUCUCUCAUAUUGAAGCCGAUAUCACAGAUGGCUUCAACAAACUGGUCGACGCCUUACUGAGUCGUCUUUCAACAGCCCACCUCUCCCGUCAGGACACCUCCCGUUUAGUUAACGUGCUUUCAUCCGUGGGCCGUGAUAACGUUAUGACUGACGCCCUGGAGAAACGCAUGAUGUUUGCUAUGGAGGGUUUGAGGAAAGCAAGUGAUGCGACUGCAAUCAUAGCCCUGCCAAGAAUGCCUGAAGAGAGAGUGACACCGGAGGAAGCAACCGAGAUAAUGACGCGGUGCAACACGGCAUUCAUUGCAGGGAUGCUGCAUAUCUGGAGGCUUGGGCGGAUACUGUCCGGCCAAGAGCGCUGGCAAAAAACCGUACACAAGUACCUCGUCGAGUUUUGUCGUGCUUUUGUCGAAAUAGCACGAGCGAAUCUGUUUACCGAUGUCUCGGUGAUAUCGCUUCAAUCGGUCAAGGGAAUAACAGCAGUCGGAAAGAAAGCCAUUAAUGAGCUCCACGUUCCCGGAACAUGCAUUGUUCCGCUUUUGGAACUGGCUAGCACGAUCACACAGCAGUUUUUGCGAUCCGUUUCUGUCUCUGUUCGCUUUAAUGCCAAUCGAGUGGCGGCACAGGCGUUGCAGACCAAUACUGUAAGCAACGAAACCGCAUCUCAGCUUCACUCGAUUAUUGUGGAGGCUUUGGAACAAGUGGACGGAUCCAUUAUUCCCUCGGGGGUUGGCCAUCAAGGACCUGGCGUGAUUGCCUCUGAUUUCUCAUCAAACGGGGCGGGCACUGACAGCAGCGCGCCGAGCGAGAAGGUGUCAGGUCUUACCUUGCUCGCAAUAACGUGUGCGGAAGUGCCAGGAAUGUUUGUGCGCGAUAUUGAGGCUAGCAUGGAAGAGAAGGGUUGUGACGUCGAGACCUCAAGUCUGAAGGUGGCGUCAGUUUGUUCUGAAAUUCGCUGUAGUGUGAUUGAAGAGCUGGAGAUGAGAAUGGGACCAUCGUCGCUCUUCUAUACUGAAGAGACAACGAAGUGCGUUGCAGAGACGAACAGGGCUGUGCAAGAAAUACAAGAGAGAAGCACGGACACGUAUGUUCGCUUAGUCUCUGCCCCCCUCGAAGCUCUUGCUGCCAAUUUAGUUGCUUUUCCGGAAGAGGAACUGGAGGAUAGUUUCAGCAGAGCAGUGCCCAUUAAGAUCGAAGGAAUCUCUAAGAGCGCGUGUGAGGUGACCCUUCAGUUGGCGCUGAUUACGAUAACAACACGAAAGAGCAGCGGCAACACGCGGCUGCUGAGAGAAAUACUGCUGUCCCUCAUACAAGCAGUUGGUCAGACACUGGUCGAUGUUCUAAGCACAGACAAAUUGAUAUACCAUAGAGCAGCGCAAUUGUGGGUUGACGUUACCUACAUACAGGAUAUGAUCACCAGAGGGGCAGAUAGCGAUACCCCUGGCCUGCAGGAGGCUCUCGACGGGUACUCAAGAGUUAAGGAACGUGCCGUUCAAGCCGUGUUGGCUGAUGGAUACAGCUUCAGCAUUGCAGAUAUGAGUGUGUUGAGGAGUUCAGUUGUUGCGAUUGGCAUGGAGCUUGCUCAAAUGGUCCAAGAUUGUUUCCGAGAAACUUGGUUAUCACUCCGAAACCCACAACCGGAAGAUGAGUAG